UGUACUCUGUAUGCUGAACUGAGGAAUUCAUGGAGAUAUGGUCUCAUCAGUUCAUAACCCCUUUCAGCAACUGAGCGAUGAUCGAAAAGGGUAUAGUCAAUAUCUAACACUAACAAUUUCUUACCAGGUCGUGGGUCAUUAAGUACUUUUAUCUGAAAAAAAUAAGAAAUAUAAAAAGAAACUACAAGGCAAAGCAGAAUAAAUUAACAGCUGAAAAUGGGCAUACUUGAUAUUCUUUCACUCGUCGUUCUAUUUUGGCUAAAUAUACUUCUUUGUUUUCUAUUGCAACUUCUUCACCUUCCUCGAUAUCAAAAUCAUCUAUCACUUCAGGAAGAUCAUCUGGUAUUUUAUUAGCAUCAGCUAUGGCUUCUUCUAAAGAGCCCAUCAUCAUAAUUUUAAAUCCAGAUUUAAGUUGGAGCUCAGACACUUUACAAUCAUUCUCUGGCAUUUUUCCUUGAAGAAACAACAAACAAUUAACUUUAAUAUAAAAUAAUACUAUAUGAUGCUUCCAUAAAUAUAAUUUUAAUUUUAUAAAUACCUUUAAAUUUUAAAUUCAAUAAUUUCUGCCUCUCAGGUCUUACACCUGUUUUGUGAAAUAUUAUAUCUUUUAAAUUUCCGACUGUUUCUUCUCCAAGUAAUGGUCCUACAUCGUAUUCUUUACUAUUCCAUUUCACUACUAAAUUUAAAUUAUCAGUCAUUCUGAAAAAUAAAUUUGGAACCAAAUGUUUACAUAAACAUAACCUUCCAAGAACUCGAGGUUUGGUGCACUAGCGGCAGAAAAAAAAAUACAACUUAAAAAUCUUAUUUUACUUACAACUCCAUUGAUGGAUCAUUAGUCGUUAAAGUUUCCAUCCCCUAAAUAUUUAAAUUACUAAAUUUAUAACUGAAAAUAGGUCAAUUUUAUUUUUUCGAAAAGAAAAAUAGUUCACAACAUACUUCCUCAAUAGCGAAACCCAACUUGGAGGCUUGUAGUGAAGGUUACUAUCAGUAUAUAACCUGCUUUGUUGAGUCAUUUUGAAUUUUGUGUAGGUUUUGUAAUAUCUCUUUCACUGAAAAAUGACGAAAAUUCAAGAACCACAACAAGAAGAAAUGUCUGAAGAAGACAAACGACUUCAAGAAGAACUCAAUAUGCUUGUGGAGAAAAUCACGGGAACAGACACCCACUUGUAUAUUCCUGCGUUGGAGAGCAUGCGAGACCUGAUAAGAAGUUCCACCACAAGUAUGACAUCAGUGCCAAUGCCCCUGAAGUUUCUUAGAUCUCAUUAUGGUGCUCUUAAAGAGGCCUGUGCUGUCAUGGCAGAUAAAAAAGCUCAGGAGCUUUGUGCCAGUAUAGUCUCUGUUCUUGCGAUGGGACAGGAUCUACCAGGGGCUCGAGAAUGUCUGAAGUAUUGUUUGCAAUCACAUCAGAAAGAAGUUGGUGAUUGGGGCCAUGAAUAUGUUAGACAAUUGGAAGGAGAGAUAGCGGAUGAAUGGGCCUCUACAGAAGAAAAAGAUAAGCUGCUAGGUUUGGUGGAGAGUAUAAUUAAAUUUGAUAUGGAGCAUAAUGCAGAAAUCCAAGCCUGUGAUCUCUUGAUGGAAAUCGACCGACUUGAUAUGCUGGACAAGCUCAUGGAUUUGACUAAUUAUUCUAGAGUUUGUCUUUACUUGAUUAAUUGUGCAGUUUAUGUAGAAGAGCCAGAAAGAGGAAAUAUUGUAAAUGGUGUUAUGAAUCACUACAUGCGAUUUAAGGAAUAUCCCCGUGCACUGUGCCUUGCUAUGCAAUUAAAUAAACAUGACUUAAUGAUAGACAUCUUUAACCAAUGCCAAGAUCCAUUGGUUCGUAAACAGUUGGCCUUUAUGGUAGGCAGGCAACAGUUAAGUCUGGAAUUGAGUGAUGACCUACCUGACAAAUCAGAUCUCACUAACAUCAUGUCUAAUGCCCAUGUGAAUGAUCAUUUUCACAGUUUAGGAAGAGAGUUGGAUAUCAUGGAACCUAAAACCCCAGAAGAAGUAUAUAAAGUUUGGUUAGAAGGGUUGGUCCUUCGCCCAACUUACAAUCUGGAAGUACCUCUCGAUUCUGCUAGGCAUAAUCUUGCUUCUACAUUCGUAAAUGCUUUUGUGAAUGCUGGCUUUUCCAGAGAUAAGUUGGUAUCAGUUGAAGAUGGCAACAAGUGGAUGUAUAAGAAUAAGCAACACGGUAUGUUGAGUGCUGCUGCAUCUCUUGGCCUGAUUCAUUUGUGGGAUGUUGAUGGAGGGCUGACUCCCAUUGACAAAUAUCUCUACACUUCUGAAGAUUAUAUCAAGAGUGGUGCAUUGCUGGCUUUGGGUAUUGUGAAUUGUGGAGUCAGAAAUGAUUGUGACCCUGCAUUGGCUCUUCUUUCUGAUUAUGUGCUUCAUGAGAGCGUUACUUUGAGGAUUGGUGCUGUUUUAGGUUUGGGUCUGGCUUAUGUUGGGACAAAACGACAAGAUGCCAUUACCCUUUUGCUGCCAGUGCUCUCCGAUUCGAGAUCGACACCAGAGGUUGUCGCUAUGGCAGCCUUGGCAUGUGCCCUCAUUACACUUGGCACGCCUCACCCUGAUGUUGUAUCAACCAUCCUGCAAACUCUCCUUGAUCUUCCUGUAGCUGAGAUGACUGAAGGCCAUUAUUCCAAGUUUUUACCUCUUGCACUUGGCUUAUGUUACCUGGGUCAGCGAGAAGGUACUGAAGCUACAAAAGCCGCUCUUGAAGCACUUCCGGAACCUUUGAGGUCUUUAUCACAACAUAUGUUGAAGAUGUGUGUCUAUGCAGGGACUGGUGAUGUACUUGUCAUCCAGGAGCAGCUUCAAGUGUGCUCAGAACAUUACCCUACUCCAGAAGAAAAGAAAGAAACUGAUAAGAAGGACAAGGAUAAAGACAAAGACAAAGAUGAAUCGAAGAGUAGUAAAGUGAAGGACAUGACAUGCAUGCAGGCAGUGGCUGCUCUUUCUGUAGCAGUGAUUGCUAUGGGCGAAGAGACAGGAUCUGAAAUGGCCACCAGGAUAUUCGCACAAUUGGGAAGGUAUGGUGAACCUGCCGUACGUAGAGCUGUACCUUUAGCCAUAGCUUUGUCUUCGAUAUCAAACCCUCAGUUAGCUGUUAUCGAUGUUCUUAAUAAAUAUUCACACGACCUCGACGAAGAAGUUGCCCACAAUGCUAUUUUCUCUAUGGGUCUUGUUGGUGCAGGCACUAACAAUGCUAGGUUGGCUACCAUGCUACGUCAGUUGGCCCAGUACCACGCUAAAAAUACCGGUCACUUGUUUAUGGUGCGCAUUGCUCAAGGAUUGACGCAUCUUGGUAAAGGCACUCUUUCACUUUGCCCGUUUCACACUGAUAGGCAGGUCAUGAACUACUCAGCAGUUGCUGGUCUUCUUAUCACCCUCGUUUCCUUCCUGGACACAAAGACAAUAAUGCUUGGAAAAUCCCACUAUUUGCUCUACACACUUGCGACUGCCAUGUACCCAAGGUGGUUGGUUACGCUUGAUGAGCAUCUGGAACCACUCCCUGUCUCCGUCAGAGUUGGACAGGCUGUGAAUGUGAUUGGUAAAGCUGGAACUCCAAAGACGAUAGCUGGUGUCCAUACUCACACUACUCCUGUGCUGCUCGCUGUUGGUGAACGUGCUGAACUGGCCACCGAGGAUUAUACUCCUCUCACACCUGUUAUGGAAGGAUUUGUCAUUCUCAGAAAGAAACAACCAGCAUGAAGAUAUAUAUUUAAUUUUUUUAUUAUUUCUGCUUUAUAAUUAUUAAAUUAAUUAAAUUAAUUAUACACGUUGUUUGUACAAAAUAGCUGUUUCCUUUAUAUUUUUCUUCUUCCCUAUUAAUUUCCUUAAAUACUUACAGAAUUGAAUUAUAUCCAUUUUAUUAGUAACUAUAAUAUAUGUACGUUUGUAAAAGUUAUCAGGCGAGAUCAACAAAAAUAAAUCUCUUUUGCAUUAGAAUGCAAAGUCUUUUCAACUUGUAUAAAUUUGGUACAAUAAUUAACGUUAAUUUUUUUUCAACUUUUUUUUUUCUUAGAAAUCAAUUCCAAUAAUGAUAUACAUAUACAAUUACAAUAAUAACACUAUGUACAGAUAAAAAGAUCAACACUACACUUUUCUACUAAGACCUACCAGUUUCUAAACAAAAAAAAAAAUCUUAAACAAAAUUUUACUGCAUUAGAACUAACAACUAUAUGCAAUCAAUUCAAAGAAAAUAAUAAUAAAUCAACAUAAUUAUAAAGAAACGACACGUGUUUAUUAAAAAAUAAAAGUGCUUUACAAAACAAUAAAUUUUCAUAAAAUAGAGAAAUUGUUAUGAUAUUUAAAUAAUCACUAAAAAUGCAGGGAUCAAUUUUAUUUGGUAACAACAAAGCAUAUUAUUCCGAUCUUUCCAUUACUAAACUGCUUUACAAAUAUGAACAUUUUCUCUUUAACAAAAAUGUUUAUGAUCAUUUCCAGAUCAUUAAAAAUAAGUAUACUGUAAGUCCCUAAUUUUUUUUUUUUUCAUUGGAUAGGAAUUUAAAAUAUAAAUAAUUAAUAUAUAUAUAUAUGUAUAUAUGUAUAAAAUAUAAUGUUCAACUUAUUACAUAAAAUAUUUAACUUGCUUUCAUAGAGGCACAUAUAAAAAAAUUCAUUUGAGGAAAAGAACCGGUUCUUUUCCAUAAUAUUUAAAACAAAUUAAGCCUAAUAAUAAAAAUAACAGUCUCUAAAUAACCGCUAAUCAGCAUGGCCAUUGACUAUUUUCGACCGAGCAUAUUUCCUGGUGGCAGAUUUGACCUUAUUCGAAUCUUCGUCAUCACUAGCUCCACUCCAAUCAGAUCCGCUGUCGGACU